AUGGUCAGCCAAUCCAGCCUGCCCACAAGUCCCAAUGAUGCCAGAUCCAGUCUCGCAAAGAGCCCUACCGACAGACCGCCUAACGCUAGAGCUACUGCAACCGGAUACAUGGGAUAUACGAGCUAUUCCACUGUGAUCGAGGAGACUUUGUCCAUACUCAGCAGUGAACGACAGGACAACACCCCCUGCGGCUCCAUGGGCAAGGAUCCGAUCCGAAUAUCCCCGAAAACCCUCCAGCUUGCAGUCACAAUUCUACACCACGUACCUUACACUGAUGAAGGAGUUGCAAUUUACCGAAAGGAUAUGAACCACUAUCAUGCCAUUAUCAAGAUGAUCGCAGAGCGAGUUUUGCACUCUCUCUACGAAGCUUUUGGGCAAUAUCUAGGGAGAGACCGAAGUGCGGCGAAAUAUGAAGCGUUGGCUCGCAAGAUUUGUUACAAUUCAUCUCAGCCGGUCUUGAAUUUGACCGACACUGAUGCAUGGUUGGACCAGUUUUGUGGCCCCAAUCUUAGAUGGGAGUCCUUAGGUCUGCUUUUCAACUACUGGGACCUUGAAAAGAGUGCCAUGGUACCUACAGAUCCGCUCCUGCGAAAAUCUUACUGCAUUCCGACCAUGCAGGAAUGUCUCAUGCUCUGUGUGGAGCUUAGUCAGGAGUUUUCGGGCGGCAACCUCUUCUUGGUGUUCCUGAAGUAUAGAAGAGCGGUUUUGGAAUCAAUGCUAACUGGCGAUGCUGGCCGCCAAACUUGGCGAUAUCAUGCAGAUACUAUAUCCAGCUUAACCUUCCUCGGAAUGCACGCCGAGGCCACGGAUAGCGAUUCAUAUAAACCGACCCUGUAUUCUGAGCUUAGUCGGAGGAUUUUCGCGAUGGGCUUCAUCAUAGAUAAGGUUACCGUUGCAUUCACUGGGCGGCCGCCGCUCAUUUCACAGAUGUUUGUCACGACACCAAUGCCGCUGGACCUGAAAGAUGAUUACUUCUUUCUCGAUCACGAAUCCCGCCUUGAGAAAAUGCGCACAACAUUGGACGAAAAAGGAUGGAACACAGAAGGAGGGUUUUACUCUUCUACAUAUAUUCGAGCCCGCCUCAUGCUAGCGAAGAUCACGGAGCAGAUAGCCGUGAUAGCCCUCGGAACCGGAUCGCAUACCACUAGAGAUGACCUCCAAUCGUUGAAGGAAAAGCACGCGGCUACUGUUUCCGAGUUCCCGCCUGUUCUACUGUGGCACCAAGAUCAUCUCACGGAUUAUAACAUAGAGACCAACGACCUCUUCACGAGACUUUUGUUAAGAUUAGAAAUUAUCUUGAACAAUUUCUUCCUUGAGCGGCUAUUUCUGCGAAUGGGACAAACAGAUGGAGGAGCCCUCCUGGCAGCGAGUUUCGAACUCGUUUCCUUGGUAUUAAACCUCUGGACUCACAUGGACAGAUUUGAAGCUAUGAGGCAGGAUUUCGAGUGGUUGCUGGUAGGCUACGGAGCCCCGGGAGGCGGCAUCCUCUGCAAAUGCCUGCUCAAAUCGCGGUCUGGCAUGCUGGACCCAAGUCAGCCUCACAUUACGCGCUCUGCCGUAAUACAGAAGCUCUCAAUAUUUGCGGGAUUCUUGAACUGGGUGCGGCCCACGGCGCCCAAUGCGGAACUUUGCGGGGAGAUCGGGUCCGUCGUCCAACAGGUGCUUGACCAGGCGCUCAAUACUGUGCCAAAUGACACGACUAUUCUGGAGGGGAUGGACUGGGACUUUGGAGGCCAGGUUGACUUCAGUUUCGAUCUGAUGGACACCUUUGAUUGGCUAAGAACGGAUUUCUCAAGUUGA